GCGCGCGCCGCUGCGGCCGCAACAUCGUUAAUGUUUGUUUGUGUUUUGCCGCGGCUGGUAAACAAGCGGCGCGAGCUGACACGACAACCGCGUCACCAUAGCAACCGGCGGAACAGCGGGAAAGGUGUGUCGUCGCGCGAGCGGCGGCAGCUUUAACGCGGAAGUCCCGGAGCGUCACAAAGUAGGACUUUACCUGCAUUUACCCUGAGGUUUUCUAACUCUAGUGACGUCACUGUGUGACGGUUGGUUUCGCCCUCCUCUGCUCUGAUUGGACAAUGAAGAGGUGGAAUCGGGCGCUGGCGGCGCUGGGGGGCGGAGUCUUCUGCGUGGCCGUGCUGUCUCUCUACCGCCUGCUGGAGCUGAGCGACAGGACCACGCCCCCUGCUGAACACACCGAGCAGGAGUUGUCCCGCCUUCAGCAGAAGAUUGACAGGUUGGAGCGUCUCCUUGGUGACAACAACCGGCUGGUCGCCGCCGUGCGUGACUCGCUGCUGCACCGUCGCCCAGAAGCAUCAUGGGAGAAGACUGGAGGGGGAGGGGCCAAUGGAAGCUCCGUCCACCUCCCGCCGCAGAGGGAGGCGCCUGCCGGCUGUCAGAUUGCAGGGAAAAUGACGGACGAGGAGGGCGGAGUCAAGCUGCUGGACGUGUAUGAGCUGCUAGCGUUCGACAACCCGGACGGCGGUGCCUGGAAACAAGGCUUCCCCAUCAGUUACCGUGGCGACGAGUGGGCGGAGCAGCAGCUGGAGGUCUUCGUGGUGCCGCACUCACACAACGACCCUGGCUGGUUGAAGACAUUUGAUGGUUACUAUGGCGACCAGACUCGUCACAUCCUGGACAACAUGCUGCUGAAACUGAGCCAGGACCCCAGGAGGAGGAUGAUCUGGUCGGAGGUCAGUUUCUUCGCUCGCUGGUGGAGCGACAUCGAUGAGCAGAAGAGAGACGCCGUCCGACGGCUGCUGGGGGCGGGGCAGCUGGAGAUGGUGAGCGGUGGUUGGGUGAUGCCGGACGAGGCCAACACACACUACCCUGCCCUGCUGGAGCAGCUGCUGCUGGGACACACCUGGCUGCACACACACCUGGGUGUGAAGCCGCGCUCUGGUUGGGCGGUGGAUCCGUUUGGCCACUCCCCCACCAUGGCGUACCUGCUGAAGGGGGCGGGGCUUAGUGCCAUGCUGGUGCAGCGCGUUCACUACGCCGUGAAGAAGCAGUUCGCCCGGCAACAGACGCUGGAGUUUCUAUGGCGACAGAGUUGGGACUCCUCCCCCCGCAGUGACAUCACGUGUCACAUGAUGCCCUUCUACAGCUACGACAUCCCGCACACCUGCGGCCCCGACCCGGCCGUCUGCUGCCAGUUCGACUUCCACCGACUUCCUGGUGGGCGGGUCUCCUGCCCCUGGAGGAUCCCGCCGCAGCCAAUCACAGAGCAGAACGUCCAGGAGAGAGCUAUGCUCCUACUGGACCAGUACCGUCAGAAGUCCCGCCUUUUCCUGUCGCCGGUGUUGCUGGUUCCCCUUGGCGACGACUUCCGCUACGUAGACGGCAGCGAAUGGGACGCUCAGUUUGGAAACUACCAGAAACUGUUUGACUACUACGACGCCCACCCGGAGCUGCGAGUCAAGGCUCGCUUCGGGACGCUCUCUGAAUACUUCCUGGCUCUGCAGCGGCGGCUGGGCGCGGCCGGCGUGCGGCUGCCGACGCUGCGCGGCGACUUCUUCACGUACGCCGACCGUGACGACCACUACUGGAGCGGCUACUUCACCUCCAGAGCUUUCUACAAGCGGGCGGAGCGCCGCCUGCAGGCCGUGCUCAGAGCCACAGAGAUCCUCUAUUCCCUCACUCUGGCUGAAAUGCGGCGUUUCCAUGGCGAUGGUCGCCUGGCGGCAGACUUCCCGGUCGCUGAUGGGUUCCGCCGCCUGACGUCGGCACGGCAACAGCUCUCGCUGUUCCAGCAUCACGACGGCGUGACAGGCACGGCCAGAGACCACGUGGUCACCGACUAUGGCACCAGACUGUUCAGUGCGAUGCUGAGCCUGCGCUCGGUGCUGCAGAGCUCCGCCCACUGGCUGCUCCUAAUGGACAAGAGCGAGUACCGCCAUGAGCCGGACACGCCCCUCCUGCAGAUGGACGAUGUUGCCGACGCUCAAGACGCUCUGCCCAGGAAGUCCAUCAUCCAGACUGGCGCCAAACCCAGGUCGGUGGUGGUCUACAACCCGACGGAGCAGUCGCAGUCGUCGCUCGUCAGCGUCGUCGUCAGCUCACCAAAUGUCCAUGUGGUUGUCGCGGAAACAGGACAGCCAAUAGCAGCGCAGAUCUCGGCAGUGUGGGAGGAGCCAACCAAAGCCUCUAAGGAGGCCUUCCAGCUCUCCUUUGUGGCCGAGCUCCCUCCUCUCUCUCUGCUCGUCUUUCACGUCACCGAGGCUCCGCCCUCCUCUCUGGGCUCCGCCUCCCGAGCCCAGUACACUUUCCUGCAGCGCAAUUGGGCGGAGUCGUUGUCAGUUCAGGCCGAGCACUUCCAGGUGUCCCGCCCCCUGGGAGAGGAGGCCAACGCCCCCCUGAUGCUGCAGAACCGCCACGUCCAGAUCUGGAGCUCCGCCCACAGCGGCCUGCUGCAGAAGCUCCGCCUCCAGUCGGGCGUGGAGCGGCGGGUUCAGCUCCACUUCCUGUGGUACGGGACGAGGGGCGGAGCCAGCCGGGACAACAAGAGCGGCGCUUACCUCUUCCUGCCCGACGGCGACGCCCAGCCCUACGCCCCCCCUCAGCCGCCCGUCGUCCGGGUGACCAGAGGGCCGCUCUUCUCUGACAUCACUUCCUGUUACCCUCACUUCACCCACACAGCCCGCCUCUACCAUCUCCAUGGGCAUGCUGGGAGCUCGGUGGAGCUCUUCAACACGGUGGAUGUCAGGUCAGAGGUCAACCGUGAGCUCGUCAUGCGCAUCACCAGCGACGUUGCCAAUGGCAACCGCUUCUACACCGACCUCAAUGGCUUCCAGAUGCAGCAGCGGCGGCGGCUGGCGAAGCUCCCCCUGCAGGCCAACUUCUACCCGAUGAGCAGCGCCUCCUUCCUGCAGGACGGUGAAGUGCGUCUCACGCUGCUCUCCGCCCAGAGCCAGGGCCUCGCCGCCCUGUCGCCAGGGGCGCUGGAGGUGGUGCUGGAGCGGCGGCUCAACCAGGACGACAACCGCGGCCUCGGCCAGGGCGUCACCGACAACAAACCCACCGCCAGCAGCUUCAGGCUGCUACUGGAGGAGAGGCCAGGGGGCGGGGCCAAACAGGCCGGGCCAGGGGGCGGGGCUGAAGACAACGAGGAAGUGAGCUUCCUGUCUCUUCUCGCCCACGUCUCCUCUCUCGCUCUCUGCCACCCGCCCAUCAUCCUGGUCGCCCCCAGCGACCGGCCACUGCCGAGGCUCCGCCCCUUCCUGCCGCUGCGCUCCUCGCUGCCGUGCGACCUGCACCUGCUGAACCUGCGGAGCCUGGAGGGCCAGGAAGCAGGAAGUGUAUCACAGGAAACGGCGCUGUUCCUCCACAGGAAGGGCCACGACUGCAGCGUGAGCCCCGCCCCCCCGCUGCAGUGUGCACGGAGCGUGCACGAGGAGUUUGAUCUGGAUGAAGUUUUCUCGUCUCUUCGUUUCCUCGACGUUCGCGCAGCGUCGCUCACACUAACUCCGCCCGACAACAGCGAUGACCAAUCACAAUCUUCCCGGCAACAGCAGACGCACAUCGUCACCGUCCGGCCAAUGGAAAUUAGCGCUUUCCGGGUAAAGAUUGGCUGAAAAAAAAGUGGAAUCAAUCAUAAAAAUCCUGGGUUAGGGUUAGGGAGUGAGAGAGCAGAGCUCAGAGAAAAGAGUUAAAUGAUAAUAAGAUAAAAUGAAAAAAUGAUAAAUAAAAUAAAAUAAAAUCAGCAAUUCAAAGAUAAAAUAAAUCAACAGGUAAGUAAUUAGGAGGUACGCCUUACUAUUUAAAAAUACACGACAUUAAUGUAAGAAUAAAUAUAUUUUAAUGUUUUUGAAUUCAGGUUCGUUUCACUUCAGUUUUUCUGCAUUUUUCCCACUUGAAGAUUUUUUUCUCGUUGC